AUGGCUUCGCCCAAGUUUCGUAAGCCACCGCAGGCACCUCCAAGUUUCACGGCAACGCCCGAGUCGGUUGUGAAGGACACAAAGGAAAUGCUUGCGCAGUCCAAGAAGGUCACAGACGACAUUGUUGCCCAAAUUGCGGAGAAAGAUGCUACCUUCCAGAACGUACUUCUGCCAAUGGCACAUGACGAGAACUUGCAGACUCUGAAAGCGCAUAUCCUUGGCUUCUACCAAUCUGUCUCCACGGACCAAGCACUGCGUGAUGCCUCCACCGAGGCUGAAAAGCUCAUGGAUGACUACAGCAUCGAGGCUGCCAUGCGGGAAGAUGUCUUCAAGCUUGUGGACGCUGCGCUCAAGAAAGCGGACAAGUUGGACCCUGAAUCGCAGAGACUCCUCCAAAAGGAACACAAGGGCUUCGUCCGUAAUGGAUUGAAUAUUCCGGCUGGCCCAAAACGUGACCGUUUCAAGGAAAUCAAGAAGAGACUUAGUCAGCUCGGAAUUGCUUUCUCCAAGAAUCUGAACGAAGAAAAGGGUGGACUGUGGUUUACCGCUGAAGAGCUGGACGGUGUCCCCGAGGAUGUCCUGUCCAUCCUGAAGAAGGAGGGAGACAAGUAUUGGUUGACCUUCAAGUACCCGGACCUCUUUCCCACGCUCAAGUAUGCCACCAAUAGUGAGACCCGAAAGAAAGUCUUCGUGGCGAACGAGAACAAAUGCAAUCAGAAUGUUCCACUCUUCCAGGAGGCCAUAUUGCUGAGAGAUGAAGCUGCUCGACUACUGGGAUAUCCAAACCACGCUGCUUUCAGAAUCGAAGACAAGAUGGCGAAGACCCCCAAGACCGUCGACGAUUUCCUCGGUGAUCUGCGCCAGCGGUUAAGCCAGGGGGGGUUGGACGAAAUUGAGACGCUGAAAAAAAUGAAGAAAGCCGAUCUUGAAUCUCGGGGUGAACAAUUCGAUGGUCGAUACUACCUCUGGGACCACAGGUUCUACGACCGAAUGAUGGAAGAGAAAGAUUACCAGCUCGAUCAACAGUUGAUCUCGGAAUACUUCCCUUUGCAAACCACAAUCCGGGGCAUGCUCGAGAUUUUUGAGCAGCUCUUUGGUCUGGUCUUCGUUGAAGUCGUCGGCAAAGACCGGGACAGUAUAUCUCCUUCUGGCAAGGGUGAUGAUAUUGUGUGGCAUGAGGAAGUUCAGGUAUUCAGUGUAUGGGACGAUGAAGGGGAAGGCGGUGGGUUUGUUGGCUACCUUUACCUAGAUCUCUUCCCACGUAAUGGCAAGUACGGACAUGCUGCAAACUUCAAUCUGCAACCAGGGUUCCUCCAUACAAACGGUACGAGGAGGUAUCCCGCAACCGCGCUUGUUUGCAACUUCUCCAAACCUACGGCCAAGAAACCCAGUCUGCUCAAGCACGAAGAAGUCACCACGUUAUUCCAUGAGCUUGGCCACGGUAUCCAUGACCUUGUCUCUCGAACCACCUAUUCACGGUUCCAUGGAACCAACACCGUUAGGGACUUUGUCGAAGCACCAAGUCAAAUGCUCGAGAACUGGUGUUGGACUCCAUCACAGCUGCGUGCACUGAGCAGGCACUAUUCCACGUUGUCGCCAGAAUACUACGACUCCUGGAAGGAAGCUGCGGGCUCAAAUAGCGCAAGGCCGGAGGAACGAAUCCCGGACGAUCUGAUCCAGAAGUUGAUCAAGACCAAGAACCUCAACGGCGCACUUUUCAAUCUUCGACAGCUCCAUUUUGGUAUCUUCGACAUGACUAUCCACGAACCUCGCGACCACGCCAGCAUCGAAUCCAUGGAUAUUUCCGAAACCUAUAAUGCUCUGCGAAAGGACAUCAGCAAGAUCGACGGACCUGAAGUCCUGGGUGAGGGUAACAAAUGGGGCAAUGGACAGGCCACUUUUGGCCAUUUGAUGGGCGGUUACGACGCCGGUUACUAUGGUUACCUCAGCUCGCUGGUCUACUCUACAGACAUGUUCUACAGUGUCUUUAGGAAGGACCCCAUGGACCCGAAGGAGGGUCGACGUUACCGACAUACGGUGCUCGAGAAGGGCGGUAGCCAGGACGAGAUGACGACGCUGAUUGAGUUCCUCGGCAGAGAGCCCAAGACGGACCCGUUCUACGAGGAAUUGGGCCUCACCAAGGGUACCCAGUCAGGUGCUGGGACGACAUGA